AUGGAAGUUAGUGAAGAAGUAAACGCCUCAACCAAUGAAAUUAAAUUUCCAUUUAAAAUUAAAAAGUUUACACCUGUAGCAUGUUGGUCAUGGGAUGUAGAAUGUGAUACAUGUGCUAUAUGUCGUACAAAAUUAAUGGAAUCUUGCUUACGUUGUCAAACUGGUAAAGUUUCAGAGGAAACAAUUGAGGAGAGUACUUGUAUGGUAGUAUGGGGUGCUUGUAAUCAUUCAUAUCAUAGUUGUUGUAUGCAAUUGUGGAUCAAACAAAAUAAAAGAUGUCCAUUAUGUCAGAAAGAUUGGAAAAUAGCUAGAAUUGGUAAUUAA